UCAGCAGCAAAGGAAAUAGAAGUGUUACUACUGAGUAGCCACUGAAACGCCGCCUGGCUGUCCAGGAUAUGCACCAACUCCCUGUGCCACUCGGAUCGACGGACACGCUGUAAAAUGUGAUUUUUCAAAGGGCCUGACUAUUGCCGUGGUGAUUUUUUCCCCCUCAUUUUUUUAUUUUAUCUCUCACUUUUCUCUCUCCUCCCCCUCUCUUUUUUUCUUUCUUUUUUUUCUUUUCUGCGGGCUGUUGGAUUUUGUCUCGCUAACACUUCCACAGUCAUCCUCUCCAUUUUACCAAGGAGGGAUCUGCACAGAGUGAUAAAAAGGGAAGACAUGAGUCUCUGGGGAUGAUGCCAUUGCCGCUGGUGCCACCCUCCCUGUCGCCAUGACAAUGCCGCUUAGUCCCCUCUCCAGUGACGAGGAGCAGCAAAGGAUGCUGGGUAACAAUCAACACCUUUAUCCAGGGGCGGAGGACGAGGAAGAGGAGGAGGAGGAGGAGGAGGAGGAGGAGGAGGACGAGGAUGGAGAGGAGAACGGAGAGCUGGACGGAGAGGAGGAGGACGAGGAAGAGGAAGUGGCAGUUUCCAUCCGACGUGGCAGUAGCCAAUAUCAUGGAGGCAGGGAAGAGGGGCACAGGCAAAUCGGCAACAUGGCUGGACGAGUGACAGGAGACAGACAGCUGCGGCCCGGGAACUCCGGGCACGCCGCUAACCCUUAUUCGUCCAACCCAGGACCCCCCCACCAACAGACAGCCAAUCAGCAGCAGCAGCAGCAGCAGAGGCGGCUCCGGGAGCGAAGCUCCUCCACAGCGCCCUCUGCUGAUGACGCGCACAUCAGCAUGAUGGUGUUUCGCAUAGGCAUCCCUGACAUUAAACAGACGAAGUGCCUGCGCUUCAACCCAGAUGCCACGGUGUGGAAGGCUAAGCAGCAGGUGCUGUGCUCUCUCACCGAGUCCCUGAGGGACGUGCUCAACUAUGGCCUCUUCCAGCCGGCCACUGAUGGACACGACGCCAAGUUCCUGGAGGAGGAGCGCCUCCUCCGCGAGUACCCACAGUCCUUUGAGAAAGGCGUUCCCUACCUGGAGUUUCGUUACAAAACCAGGGUAUACAAACAGACAAACUUGGAUGAGAAACAACUUGCUAAAUUGCACACAAAGGCCAGUCUGAAGAAGUUCAUGGACUACAUCCAAAGCGGCUCAGUGGAGAAAAUAGCCAAAUUCCUUGACAAAGGUGUUGACCCAAACUACCACGACCCAGACACUGGAGAGACUCCUUUGACACUGGCAGUGCAGUCAGAUCAGUCAGCAGGGGAGACCAUUCGGCUGCUUGUGAUGGGGGGAGCACACAUCGACUUCCGAGCCAAGGACGGCUUGACCCCCCUACACAAGGCUGUCCGUUGCCAUGGCCACACUGCACUGCUGACUCUGCUCUCACUGGGGGCCUCUCCAGACUAUAAGGACCGGCGUGGCCUGACGCCACUCUACCACACUGUGCUGACAGGGGGCGACACCUCCUGCUGUGAGACGCUGCUCUUCCACAGGGCCAAAGUAGGCAUCCGCGACGAGAACGGAUGGGAUGAGACCCACCAGGCCUGCCAAAAUGGCAACUCUCAGCACUUGGAGCAUCUACUUUUCUACGGAGCGGACUCUACUUCCCAGAAUGCCUCAGGAAACACUGCCUUGCACAUCUGUGCUUUAUACAAUAAGGAGAGCUGUGCCCGCAUUCUGCUGUACAGGGGAGCCAAUAAGGACACCAAGAACAACAGUGGGCAGACCCCCUUCCAGGUGGCUGUAAUGUCUGGCCAUUUUGAACUUGGAGAGAUCAUUAAAAACCACAGGGAAACUGACGUGGUGCCCUUCUUGGAGUCGCCCAAGUACGCCCCCCAGAGGCGGGAGAGUGCACGCACGCUGGCCUUGCCUCACCCACACCCCUUCCUGCGUGCCAACAGCGAUAACAGCAUGAACCUGCCCGACUGGAUGGCUUUCCCCAACGCCGCGGGCUCCAACAUCGUCUCUGUGCAGGGCUAUAAGCAGGGCACCCUGCGCAGCUCCAGCAGUCCGCGUGGGGCCCGCACACGCUCGCCGUCUCGGGGUAGAGUUGUGGACAGAGACGACAGGAGCCGCCAGACGCGGGGCAGACAGGGUGGCUCCAUCAGCAGUCAGGGCACAGUGGGAGGAGGUCAGCGGCGCCGACUGUACAGCGCCGUCCCCGGACGCGUGUUUGUGGCCACGCGCUCCCACACCGCCCAGGGCGAGCGCGAGAUCAGCUUCAGUAAGGGAGACAAGGUCAAAGUGCUGAGUGUGGGUGAGGGGGGCUACUGGGAGGGCACAGUGAGGGGUCGCACUGGCUGGUUCCCCUCGGACUGUGUGGAGGAAGUAGCACUCCGCAGCUUGGAGCCCCGCUCAGAGAGCCGCAGCGAGAGGACCAAGCGACUCUUCAGGCACUACACCGUGGGCUCCUACGACAGCUUUGAUGCGCCCAGUGACUACAUAAUCAAAGAGAAGACAGUGCUCCUGCAGAAAAAAGACAAUGAAGGUUUCGGAUUUGUUCUAAGAGGGGCCAAGGCCCAGACACCCAUUGAGGAGUUCACUCCCACUCCGGCGUUCCCAGCACUGCAGUACCUCGAGUCUGUUGACGAGGGGGGUGUGGCCUGGAGAGCAGGCCUGCGAAUGGGAGACUUCCUCAUUGAGGUGAAUGGGCAGAAUGUGGUUAAGGUAGGCCACAGACAGGUGGUCAACAUGAUCCGGCAAGGUGGCAACAGCCUGAUGGUGAAGGUCGUCAUGGUAACUCGCAAUCCUGACUUGGACGAUGGCACCAGAAAGAAAAUCCCUCAACAGAGUAAGCGUCUGAGCACGCCGGCAAUAGCCCUGCGCUCCAAAUCCAUGACCUCGGAGCUGGAGGAGAUGGUGGACAGAGCUGCUACGCCAUGGAAAAAAAAAUCAGAGUUCGAAUCCUCCCAAGUUACCGAGAAGAAGAGGACAGUCUAUCAGAUGGCUUUGAAUAAACUGGAUGAGAUUUUGGCUGCAGCUCAACAGACAAUCAGCACCAAUGAGGGGCCGGGGGUUCGGGCGCAGGGGUCAAAGAGAGAGCGAGGCCGCAGCUUUUACGGCAAUGAGCCAAAUUAUGACCAGUCGGGGAUGGGGAUGAUGUCGUCUGGGGCAGGGCUUGGUUAUGACCGGGGCCAGUUUGCCUCUGGCCACGCCCCUCCUCACGGUAUGCUGCGACAGAAGUCCAUCGGGGUCCCUGAGGAAGAGAAGUCGUACCUCCAUCCUCCGGGCAUGAAGUUUGCGCGCAGCUUAUCCGUCCCUGGCUCAGACGAAAUCCCCCCACCCCCGACCACGGCUCCGCCCGACCCCCCCUUCUCCUCGGCACCUCCCCUCGGCUGGAGGGGCAAGACCGCCCAGCAGUCGUCCGCCGUGUCCGUGUCCCAGUCCACCGCCACCUCCGCACACUACCAGCUCUACCAGCAGUCCGGUUACACCGGCAGGGACAGGGGUGGCGGAGGCCCACCGCCUGACCACACCGCCGCCUCCUACGCCCACCAGGCACCCACCAGGACCGCCUCCCGAAAGGUGAUUGGCUACCCAGGUGAAGUGGGCGGGGUGUCGGGGGCCGGGGGUGCUGCCGGUAUGGGCAUGGGUGGAGGGAAAGCGGCGGGCUUGAGGAGGGGUUACAGUAAUGCCGUGCCCCCGACCAGCAUCGCCACAGUGAUGCCCCAGCAGCAGAUGCAGGCAUCCCAGGGCCAGCCACGGGGUCCUGGGGACCAGCGAGGGGCCGCCGGCGCAGGGGGUGGCGGUGGGGUUGGAGCAGGGGCGGGCGGUGGCGGUGGUGGUGGCGUGCCGAAGGGCGGCGCCCGGCGGGGGAAGGGCCCUCUGGUCAAGCAGUCCAAGGUGGAGGACAUGCGCUCGGCCCAGCUGGCGGCCCUGGGAGGGAAGGGCUCGGUGGAGAAGAGCUCCAUCCCCAUCCCCACCAUCAUCGUCAAGGCGCCCUCCACCAGCAGCAGCGGCCGCAGCAGCCAGGGCAGCAGCGUGGAGGCCGAGCCUCCCCAGGGCACCUCCGCAGAUGCCGACGGCUCUCAGCCCCCGCCCGGAGCGGCCCCGCCACCCCCGGCCGUCCCCCCGCCCGCUCCCCCGUCCACGCCAGCUCCGCCACCCCCCUCCAUGCCCCCGGCUCUGCCCCCGUCGCUGCCCUCCAUCCGGGCACAGGACAGCAUGGACUUCACCAGCCAGUUCGGCGCCGCCAUCGUCGGGGCGGCCCGGCGUGAUCGCGAACGCUUCCACGAGGCACGCCGGAAGAGUGCCUCCUUCUUCCUCUCGGCCGAGGAGGACGUCGGGGGUGCGAUGGUUGGAGGAGGAGUAGCAGGAGGAGGAGGCGGAGUGGGCGCUGGAGGAAGAGUGGGAGCUUCCCAGCAGCAUCAGCUGGGCGCCCAGCCCACCCCCCGCCUGCGCCCGUCCAAGUCCAUAGACGAGGGCAUGUUUUCGGGCGACACCUUCAUCCACCAGGCCCGCAGCAUGCCGCCGGCCUUCGGGCUGCCCGAGUACUCUACAACCGCCACGGGGCAGAUGGGCGACUACCAGCCCAAGUCGGUCCCGGUCGACUUCUACGGUGCCGGCAUUCGGACUCAACAGCAGCAGCUGCAGCAGCAACAACAACAACAGCAGCAGCUGCAGCACACCACCACCUUCAUCCACCCGCUGACGGGGAAGGUCCUGGACCCAUCGUCGCCGCUGGGCCUAGCCCUGGCCGCCCGGGAGCGCGCCCUGAAGGACGACAGCCGCAUGCGGCGCGACCGGACGGCAGGCGGAGGAGCCGAGCACAUGUUCACCCGGCAGCUGUCCAGCGUGGGCGUGUACCCGUCCGCCAGCCCGGCGGCCUCAUCCUCGACGCCCUCGCACUCCUCGGGCACCUCCUCCUACCUGGUCACCUCGUCCUCGCUGGCGGCCACCACCACGUCCACGCGGCCGCCCUCGCCCAGGAUCCUGCGCUGGGGCGAGGACGGGUCCGGCUCGGAUCGCGAGCGGGAGACCAGCGGACCGGCGGGAGGUGGAGGAGGUGGAAGCGGCGCCGCGCCUCGUGAAGGGUUGCGAGUCCGCUUCUCGGAAGACAAGACGGUCCACACGCACCACUACCAGGCCCAGCAGCAGCACUACCAGCCCAGCUACAAGGAGCGGGAGCGCCAGCGCGAGAGGUCCCGGGAGAGAGACGCGGAGCGGGCACAGCGAUCGCAGACGCCGCCACAACAGCAGCAGCAGCAGUUACAACAACAGCAGCAGCAUCAGUUACAACAACAGCAGCAGCAGCAGGCAUCCCAGCAACCACGGCGGCCGUCCUUCCUGCGCAUGGAGAGCGAAGCGGGCUCCUACAUCCUGUCUCUCACACCUCCCUCCCCACCAGCUGUGACCAGCCAGACCCAGGGAGGAGGAGGAGCGGGCGAACGGGGCACCGCUGCUGCCGCCGGUGGCUCUGGCAUCAUGGUCCUCCCACCCCCCGCGCCAUCCGUGGAUGCCGACGACGAAUUUGUGUUCGCCGACCCACUGCCUCCGCCAUUGGAGUUCGCCAACAGCUUCGACCGGGGCAUCCCGUCGAGUGGCAUGAGCGCCUACGCCAGCCUGGUGGCCAACAGCAUGGUGUCACGGCAACAGCAACAGCAGCUGCACUUUCAACAGCAGCAGCACCUCCAACAGCAGCAGCAUCACCUCCAACAGCAGCAGCAGUACAGCGUCCCCCAGCCCCCUCCGCCACCACCGCCUCCUCCACCUCCUCCGCCCCCACCACCCCAGAAGGAGUCCUACAUCCUUACCGGCUACUCACCGCACACGCCCCUGCCCUCCCCCCAGGCUGGAGACUCUACCACGUCCAGCCUCACGUCCUAUGACAGCGAGGUGGCCAACUUGACUCAGUCGGCCCCCUCGCCCUCCUCCCCCCACAUCCAGCACCCGGCCUCCCCGUCCCACGGCCACUCCCACACCUCCCACUCCUCGGCCCUCCAGCCGUCCGGUCCUCCUCCCCCACCCAGCGUCUCACCUCCACCUCCUCCGACAUCGACCUCCGCCUACCACCACCACCGGUCCUACGGCCUCUCCCAGACACAGGCACAGCACCACCUGUACAACAGCACCCACUCGUUGACGGGACGGGCCUCCUCCCCCACCCCUCCACCCCAGUCCAUCAGCACAGUUCCUCCUCCACCCGCCUACCGAAGCCCGUCGCCCGUGCCCACGUCUGCAUCCUCUGCUGCCCACAGGGGCGUCUCGCUGGCCACUGCUACCGCCACGUCCAGCGCCGCCUCCGUGACCAGCUCCGCGCCGAGUGAGCGCCCGGCCACGGUCUCCACAGUGGCCACGGGCGGUGGGAUCCGACGGGGGUCUGACCACCGGACACCCACAGUUGCCUCCACCACAUCCUCCAAGAGCGUCGGCGAGUCGCAGGAGACAGUGGUGGACUCGGGCAUCGAGGAGCUGGACAGCCGCAGUAGCAGUGACCACCACCUGGACAGCAUCCUGGCCAUGAGCCGCGCCGAGAGGCUGGAGCGGGGCGGCGGUGUGCUGCCCAGCGAGAGCGACCGCACCAGCACCGACCUGCUCGAGUCCUACAUGAGCUACCUGGAUGGACAGUCCUUCGAGAUGCACAACACCAAGACGGCCGCCAGCGCUGCUGCUGCCGCGUCCACCUCAGCCGCUUCUAGCGGCUCGGCCGUCUCCACCUACCCCAAAGUGCAGCGCUACCGCGAGGGCGUAGCCCGCCGGCAGACCAGCACGGCACCCGCUGCUUACCGUCGCCGCGAGCAGCGCCAGGAGGAGGAUGACGAUGACGAAGAGGCAGAGGCGGAAGCGGCAGCGGCAGAGCGGCAGGCAGAGGAGGACAGCUACCGGCUGCGGGAGUCGCAGAACCUCAGCCGCUCCUCGAUGCUGUACUACGAGAGGCCCCGCACACCCGAGAUGAAGUCCAUGUGGGGCGACGGGACGCAGAUGUCCACAGGGGCCUCCGGCAGGGACGAGGGUGGAGCGCAGAGCUUCAUCGAGGGGCGCAAGAUGCACCCGCCCAUGUCCGGCAUGAAGGCCAGCAUCAUCAAUGAGCUGAGCAGCAAGCUGCACGAGAGGAACAAAGGCAUUGAGAGCUGGGGCAGCCAGAGGUCACUUGCCAGACACAGACACAGGUUCUCCGAGGACUCCACGGCUGCCCUGAGCCCUCCCUCUGUCCGGUCCCCGUCUCCCUCCCCCAUGUCGCACUCCCAGCCGUCCCUGGCCCCCUCCCCAACCGCCGGCUCCCAGUCGGGUCACUACUCCAGCUGGGCGCGGUCACCUUCGCCCCAGCCCCCGUCCGGCGCCUCUGGCCUCUCACAGGCGGCCCCGGCCCGCUCCCAUUCGCCCGUCUCCCCCAGCGCCUACUCCCCGUAUCCGACGUCCCCCAAGCACCGGCCCGUGUACCGCACCAAAGCGCUGGAGUUCCAGUUCAUCCCUAGUCGGGAGCGCAAGGGCGACGUCCAGCAGCGGCGCCGCGCCCCCAGCCCGCUCAUCUCGCCAUCGGAGCGGCCCAGGCUGGGCCCACCGCGGCCCUCCUCGCUGCCCAUCCUCCCCACCACGCCGCUCUACAGCAGCCUGUACGACCUGCGCGGCUCCAUCACGCCGCCGUCGCCCGCCAACCCGCUGGGCGAUCCCUACUUCUCGCCGUCGCCGCCCCUCUUCGCCCAGUCGGGGGCGCCGCCGUCCAACGCCUCGCUGGUGGUGUCGCGCUCGCUCUCGCCCACGCACUUCCUCUCGGGGACGUCGUCACCGCCGCUGCACCCCAUACCGCCCCCCACAUGCCUCAGCUACCCGCACCUGCCGCCCCCCUCGCCCUCCAAGCCCUUCGCCUCCAAGCCGCUGCCCUACUGGACCAAGUACGACGUGGCUGACUGGCUGGGCUACCUGAACCUGGCCGAGCACCGCGAGCGCUUCCUGGACAACGAGAUUGACGGCACGCACCUGCCCUCCCUCACCAAGGAGGACUACCUGGACUUGGGGGUGACCCGCGUGGGCCACCGUAUGAACAUCGAGAGGGCACUGCGCCGCGUGAUGGACAGGCUCUCCAGCAGUCCCUUCCCCAUCUCUGUUCUCUCUCCUCGUGAUGGACAGACAGAGAGACGGAGGGAUGAGGGAAUGAGAAGCUGAGGCGGAGUACAAAAAAGAACAAUGAAAGUGUGUGUGUGUGUGUGUGCGUGUGUGCGUGUGUGUAUGUGAGUGUGUGAGGGAGAGAGAGAGUGAGAGAAAGAGAGAGUGAGACAUCGAGAAAGAAAGAAAAAGAAAGCAGAGGCAAGAAGAGACUCAACCACUGCUGCUAUCAAAGGUGAAUUUUCAAAUGGUACGGCCUGGAGUGUAAGGACUUCACCAUCAACAGACAUCACAUGCAUCACAACUGAGGAUUGGAUGGCUAAAGGGCUGAAGAUAAAUAAAUAUAUGUGAAUAUGGCCAGGGUAUACACUCAAAUACACCUAAAUGUGUAAAUGCACACACACACACACACACCCACACUCUGACAAGCACGUGCCUCACAGCAACACAUAUACCGUAAACACUAUCCGUAUACCCCCCCCCCCCCCCCCCCCCACACACACACACACACA